AUGGGAGUUUCAGAUUUAGACAGACAAAUCGAUCAGCUCAAGAGGUGCGAGUACAUCAAAGAAGCAGAAGUCAAAGCCCUGUGCUCGAAAGCACGGGAUAUCCUCGUCGAGGAAUGCAAUGUGCAGCGAGUAGAUGCCCCUGUCACAAUUUGCGGAGACAUCCACGGGCAGUUCUAUGAUUUGGUGGAACUCUUUAAGGUAGGUGGUGAUUGCCCAGACACAAACUAUUUGUUCAUGGGCGACUUCGUUGACAGAGGAUUCUACAGUGUGGAGACCUUCCUGCUUCUAUUGGCCCUGAAGGUGCGCUACCCCGACCGAAUAAUGCUGAUUCGGGGCAACCAUGAAAGCCGCCAGAUAACUCAGGUGUACGGAUUCUACGACGAAUGCCUCCGAAAGUAUGGUAGCGUGAAUGUGUGGCGAUACUGUACAGAGAUCUUUGACUACCUAGCCUUGGCGGCGCUCAUCGAGGAUCGCGUUUUCUGUGUUCACGGCGGGCUUUCUCCUGCAAUCAACACUUUAGACGAUGUGCGCAGCAUCGAUCGCAAGCAGGAGGUCCCUCACGAGGGUGCCAUGUGUGACCUCAUGUGGUCAGAUCCAGAGGACCUAGACGGCUGGGGUCUGUCCCCAAGAGGUGCCGGCUAUCUCUUCGGUGCUGACGUUGUCAAGGGGUUCAACCAUACCAAUGGGAUUGAGCUCAUUGGACGUGCUCAUCAGCUAGUCAUGGACGGCUACAAGUGGAUGUUCAAUGAGGCUCUUGUGACUGUCUGGUCUGCGCCGAACUACUGCUACCGGUGUGGGAAUGUGGCUGCGAUUCUAGAAUUUGACGAGAACCUGAAGCAGUCUUUCCGCAUCUUUGAGGCUGCUCCAGCAGAUGCACGAGGGCAACCCUCGAGAAAACUUGUGCCGGACUAUUUCCUGUGA